CACUCGCGAGAUAUACCUGGUAUUGCUAGCUUCGACCUCAUAAUCAGUGAGAGGAACUAUCGGCACAGCGAUAUCCUCACCGCUUGCAGACUGUCACCUUGCAGCUACCCUUACGGACUGUCUAGCUGCUUGGUUGACGCUUUGCCCUUGUCUUAUCAACAACGCGACAGCGAAAUCGUUUCGCAAAAAGGCGUUUGUGACAUCCACAAUGUCCGAAGCUGGAGAAAACAGAGAGGAGGAUAGCGGGGCCAAGCUACAGACAUCCGAGCUGGAACAAAAUGACUUGGGUCACGAAGAACGGGAAAGUAAGAGGAGAAAAUUAGACAACGGAGAGGAAUCAGCAGAACAAAUUGUUUCACGACAAGCCUCACCAGUGCCAAAUCCUUCACAGGAGGGAGAAUCACCUUCUGCUACAGAACAGCCACCAGCAAAAGCCCUCACUCCCUCUGUGCCCUCCCCAAAACAAUCAUCCGCGAAACCUGAUAUCAUCGCCGCACCCGAGCCGGCUGAGGUGCUCAACGUCCUUCCCGCUGCUACCAUAGGGCCCAUCAACGGUACGGAGAACGAACCUUCAGGACAGCCACUCAAUGUCUCCGUUUGUUCCCCUCCCACGAUGGUGAAGGAUGAGGAUAUAGAGAUUGUGGAUGGAACAGUUCCCGAGUUUGCACCUGCGCCUGUUAGAGACGAAAACGAAAUGAUAAAAAAGGAAGAUGUAUCUACUCCUGCUGCGGCCGACUCACCGGCUACAGAAAAGGAUGAGGUUUCAUCGGCCAAGGGGAAAACAAAAUCCGCUCUUGUGUCAAAAUCCCAAGCUAGCAAGGGGAAGAAGGCACCUGCAAAGAAGGGCAAAGCAAAGACAAAGGUGGAAGAAUUAAAAGGGAGCAAGGAACGUUCUGCAAGUGUUUCCGAAUCACGCGAUUCGACUCCUCCUGUGUCGACCGAUCAAAGCCAAUUUACCUCCCCUUCCGGAGCUCCCAUAGACUCCAACGCUGUCUAUUGUAUUUGUCGCAGACCAGAUACCGACGACGACGACGGUCUGAUGGUCGGGUGUGAGAGCUGUGAUGGGUGGUUCCAUGCGUCUUGCGUGGGCCUGGAUGAGGAGAUGGUGGAGCUGCUGGAUGUUUAUAUCUGUAAGAGCUGUGAACGAAGUACAGCUCAAAGGACGAUAUAUAAGCAGGUUUGUAAAAGAGACGGGUGUAGGAAAUCUGUUGCUGGAUCGAGCUCCAAGUUUUGCUCUUCACAAUGUGCAUUUAGAUAUUCGCAAGCUAUGCUAGGCGCGAUCACCAACAAAACCGCAAUCAAGCAGUUAAGCAAAGCUCUCACAUCUUUUCCUCGGCCCAAACUCGGAGUGACCGUGGAACAUCACGUUCCGGCAAAGUCAGAAACCUCAAUCUUCUCAGUGUACGAUGACACUCAAACUCAGCUUUUAACUCUCCAAAAACGACAGGAAGGUGCACAAAAGGCCAUGGAACGCAUACAAAAGCGUCAAGCCCUUUUGCGAAACGCGGUGGACAGAUGCGAACAAUUACCGCCCAUCGCAGCGACUGAAACUGAAGAAUCGCAACAAAAAGGCAAGAAACGUAAAGCCGGGCGACCGGCAGACGACAGACCGUGUGGGUGGGAAGCUAGCCUGAUCGCCGAGGACGAAGAAGUAGAAGAAUUAGUCAAGGGGGAAGGAGAUGAAAUGGAAGUGGUUGAAGGAGAAAGAGAGGUGUGCAUGCUUCCAAGAAGGAGGUGUGACCGGCAUCAGGGAUGGCAGAAGACUGUCGCUGUAUCUCUGGAUCUCGAAUUGGCCACUUUGACGCGCACGUAUGAAAGCCUGCAGGAGAAUCAGCGAUUGAUAGAAGAGGCCAAUCAAGCCUUGAAAAUAUCCGAAGAGGCUCGAGAAAUGUUUUUGGCGAAAAAACAGGCUGUGAAGCGCAAAUAGACCGCACGGCAUCGUUUGUCACUCAUCAUCAUUGCAUUAAGAGGUUAUAUGCUUUGGUGGCAUUGAGAUUUUGCGAGUAUAAAAAUAAAAAAGCAUACAUAGCCUUCCGUAUGUAUUAGGCUGG